CGUCGGUAUCGGGGUGGCGCGAGUCGAUGGCGGCGCCGCUGCUGCUGCGGCUGUCGCGGGGGGGCGGGCGGGCGCCGCGCUGCGGCCCGUCGUCGUGGGCCCGGGGCCUCCCGCUGCCCGCCGGACGCGCGCUGUCCGGCCCGUCGGCGCCCCGGAAGGAGCUGCUGCUGCGCCUGCGGCGGCGGACCGGCUUCUCCUUCGUCAACUGCAAGAAGGCGCUGGAGGCCUGCGGCGGGGACGACCGGCAGGCGGAGGCGUGGCUGCAGCAGCGGGCCCGGGAGGAAGGCUGGGUCCGGGCCACCGAGCUCCGCGGCCGGAUCGCCCGGGAGGGGCUCGUCGGGCUCCUGGAGGAGGCCAACGCCGCCGUGCUGGUGGAGGUGAACUGUGAGACGGAUUUCGUGUCGAGGAAUGCCAAGUUCCAGCAGCUGGUCCAUCAGGUAGCCCUGGGGACGCUGCGCCACUGCCAGUCCCUGCAGCAGCCACGGUCCACGUACAGUAAGGGCUGUUUGCACGGCCCCGAGCUGUGUGACCUGAGACCCGGGCCCGGCAGAGACGGCUCUCUGGGGGACCAGCUGGCCCUGACCGUCGGCUCCCUGGGAGAGAACGUGCUGCUCCGCCGCGCCGCGUGGCUCACCGCGCCUCCCGGCUUCCUCAUCGGCUCAUACGUGCACGGGACCGUGGACCGGCCCUCCGACCCCAGCGCUCCCGUUGCCGCCGCGCUGGGUAAAUACGGGGCCCUCGUCGUAUGCCGGGCCCCCGACCCGACCCCCGACCGGACCCCUGACCUGGCCUGGCUGGGCCGGCGGCUGGGCCAGCACGUGGUGGGUAUGGCCCCGCUAUCCGUGGGCUCUCUGGACGACCCUCCCGGUGGGGAGGCAGAGACCCGCAUGUUGGCCCAGCCCUACCUGCUGGACCCCGGCCUGACGCUGGGCCAGUUUGUGCAGCCGCACGGCGUCUCCGUGCUGGACUUUGUGCGCUUUGAGUGCGGAGACGAAGGUGGGGACGAAGGCGAGGGCGCGGUGGCCGGCGCCGGGUAGCGCCUGCGAAGGCUGGGGGCCGGGCCCGGGCCCCGGGCGAGGGGCGGGGCGGGGCGGGCCUCGAGUGAGUUGGGGGAGCCGGCCCUGAAGCGCUGGCUGGGAUGAAAAUAAAAAGCGUCUCGGAUGACAACC